ACGUCAUGACGAACGCGACCGCUUAUAGGGCGCAUGCGCAUUAAAUAAAAAUCAUCCACAAAAAAAUUAAAAUCCAACUUUAUCUAGUCUAUUCGCUAACCGAAAAAUAAAAUGAACGACUGAAGUCUGUGCUGAUGGCACGCUCAGUGAUGUACGAUAACCAAAUUAUAUCAAUUCUUUUUUUGUUCAAGUUGCGUUUGUUUUAGGCUGCAUUUUUCAGUCAUUAAAUAGCCUGUUUACUAAACUAGUUGAUGUCACGUGAUUCAGUUGUAAAUGUGGCCCUAUGUUAGGCAAUAUUAUUUAGUGCAAGUCACGGCUGGACACGGUAAAGACACUUAAUCGUGGUUGUGCUUUCUUAGCCGCAAAGAUUUAUGAAUCAACCUUCUAAACUAAAGCUACACUCGCUGUUGCAACAUUGAGUGGGUUGCUGUAUCUUCUUCCUUUUAACUGAAUAUCAUUCCAGUAUGUGUUUGAUAAGUUACAGUAUUUACCAAACCAAAAAAGUUGCCCUGGUAAAAAUCAGUAACAAAUUAAAAUGGCUUUAAUGUGAAUGAAUGACACCUACGGGUGACAGACUUUUUAAAAAGCCAGCUUUAGUUUGGCAAAAGCACCCCCCCAAAAUUAUUUUUAAAAAAGUCUCCAAAGAAAAUGUUGCCUGGGGCCUCUAGUAGUCUUGAGUCAGCCCUGCAUAUUCCUCUUCAGAAUUACAAAAUGCUAGCAAAGCAGCUAAGUUUGGCGUCUGCUGUGCUGUAGGUAGGGGGAGAUUGUGUUUAAUACUUAGUAAAAAAAAAAAAACAACAUAAAUCCUACCAAUCCUGUUUGUAAACCCUGUCUCUAUGCCAAUGUUCUUGGGGUUUUUUCAUAUUACUGGCUACCAAAGCCAGCCAACUCUCAGACUAUUGCGCUGAUCUGAUUUCAUGCCACUACAAUUGGGCAAAAAAGACUGCAUUGAUUCCCAGGUUAGGGAGCAGCUGCGUGGAAGCGUGCUUCAUUUUCUCCCAGGAGAUCUAGGCGCUGCUGACAGGUGCUUCAGGUCGUACCAGGAGAUCCAGGCGCUGGUGACAGGUGGUUCAGUUCCUACCAGAAGAUCCAGGCACUGGUGACAGGUGCUUCCGUUCCUACCAGGAGAUCCAGGCGCUGCUGACAGGUGCUUCAGGUCGUACCAGGAGAUCCCGGCGCUGGUGACAGGUGCUUCAGGUCGUCCCAGGAGAUCCAGGCGCUGGUGACAGGUGCUUCAGUUCCUACCAGGAGAUCCAGACGCUGGUGACAGGUGCUUCCGUUCCUACCAGGAGAUCCAGACGCUGGUGACAGGUGCUUCAGUUCCUACCAGGAGAUCCAGGCGCUAGUGACAGGUGCUUCCGUUCCUACCAGGAGAUCCAGGCGUUGGUAACAUUACAUUACAUUACAGGCAUUUGGCAGACGCUCUUAUCCAGAGCGACGUACAACAAAGUGUAUAACCAUAACCAGGAACAAGUGUGUUGAAAACCCUAGAGGAAAGUACAGUUCCAAGUGCAAGGGAACGACCGCGUAGUUUAACUUGGACCCUGUCGGUUAAUCUGAUUAACGCAAAAACAAAAACAGCAACAAAGCAGUCUAUGCAAAGAAUACAGGUGGUGGCAGAUUCUUCAGUUCCCACCAGGAGAUCCAGGCGCUGGUAACAGAAUGAAGAAGGCCGGCCCGGGGGGUUCGGGACCGAAAGACGGCCCAAAACAGCUGAUCCUCAGAAGGGAGGUGGGACUGGUCGGCGCCGUGUCCCUCAUCGCCGGCACCAUGAUCGGAUCGGGGAUCUUCAUGUCGCCCCAGUUCGUGCUGCUGGAGAUCGGCAGCCCCGGCGCCAGCCUGGUGAUCUGGGCCCUGUGCGGCGUGGUGGCGAUGCUGGGCGCGCUGUCCUACGCCGAGCUGGGCACCGUCGUCCAGGAGUCGGGCGGGGAGUACGUCUACAUCCUCCGCACGUCGGGCCAGCUGGCGGCCUUCGUCUGCAUCUACACCUCCGUGCUGGCGGUGAGGCCGGCCAGCAUCGCCGGCAUGUCCCUGAGCUUCGCCGAGUACGCGGCGGCUCCGUUCUUCCCAGACUGCCCCCCGCCCCCACUGGUGGUGAAGGCCGCCGCCGCUUUCGGGAUCGUCGCGCUGGGCGCGGUCAACUGCCUGAACGUCCGCGUCGCCGUGUUCGUCCAGACGUUCUUCACGGUGGCCAAGGUGCUGGCCCUGCUGGUGAUAGUCUUCGGGGGCCUGGUUCUCCUCGCCGGCGGACACACCGGCAGCUUGCAGAACGCAUUCGAGGGGACGAGCUUGGGCGUCAACCCUAUAGGAGUGGCGUUUUACCAGGGCCUCUGGUCCUACGAUGGCUGGAACAACCUGAACUAUGUGACUGAGGAACUGAAGCGUCCAGAGGUGAACCUGCCCAGGGCGGUGAUGAUCGCCGUCCCCAUGGUAACAGUGAUAUACCUGUUGGUCAACGUGAGCUACCUGGCCGCCAUGACACCUCAUGAGCUGAUGUCAUCCCGUGCUGUGGCUGUCACCUGGGGGAACAAGGUGCUGGGGAGCUGGGGCUGGCUCAUGUCCAUAGCGGCAGCGCUGUCCGCUUUCGGGUCCCUCAACGGGACCUUCUUCAGCGCGGGACGCAUUUGCUUCGUGGCAGCCAGGGAGGGGCACAUGCCGGAUAUCUUGGCGAUGGCGCACGUCCAUCGGCUGACUCCCUCGCCGGCCCUCAUCUUCACCACAGCGCUUGCCCUGGUGGUGCUCAUCCCCGGGGACUUCCAGAGCAUCGUCAGCUACUUCAGCUUCACCGCGUGGAUCUUCUACGGAACGACCGUCUCCGGACUGCUCUACCUGAAAAUCAAGAAGCCGGAACUUCACAGGCCGUACAAGGUGCCCAUUGUAAUUCCCAUCCUGCUUCUCAUCUUCGCCGUCUUCCUGGUGCUGGCGCCCAUCGUCGACCAGCCCCGGAUCGAGUAUCUGUACGUCAUCCUCUUCAUCCUCAGCGGUGUCCUCAUCUACAUACCCUUCGUCCACUACAGACUGUGUCCCGGGGUGCUGGACAAGCUCACCGUCUUCCUCCAGCUCUUCCUGGAGGUGCCCAUUGUAAUUCCCAUCCUGCUUCUCAUCUUCGCCGUCUUCCUGGUGCUGGCGCCCACCGUCGACCAGCCCCAGAUCGAGUAUCUGUACGUCAUCCUCUUCAUCCUCAGCGGUGUCCUCAUCUACAUACCCUUCGUCCACUACAGACUGUGCAUUUUGACCAAACCUAAAUUUUCCAUCUGAAUUCUGGAAUCACGUAUUCCGUAAUAAGGAUUAAUAAGCCUGCA